CAAGCGAUACGAGUUCUCUCGUAGCAGCAGCAUGAGGCCUUACCGUACUUGGAAACAGCAAUUCAUAAGCGAUCGAUGUUGCAGCGAAAAGGAAUUUCUCAAAGAAGUGCUCAUUGCUGCGACCCCUCACAUACUUCUCAACUUGUUAUUGAUCUCCUAUCUCAUUUUUGGUGCGGUCUUUAUGCGUUAUGUCGAUGAAAGCGUUUGGAAAGAAGGCUUCCAACCAGCUCUGCUCUUCACUUACACAACAAUCAUGACUAUCGGUUAUGGUAGCAUUUACCCCACAACCACACAGGGAAAAAUUUGUUGCGUUGGUUACUGUGUCAUUGGUAUACCGCUAAUCUUCUUGGUAUUAUCAAAUAACGGCUAA